AUGGCAGCGGGUUCGACGACGAGGUCUUUCCUUCAAGAUGCAGCCAUGGAAGAGGUCGUUUCGCCUCUCCGAGUUAUUCAGAUCGAAGGGCUGGUUAUCUUAAAAAUAAUCAAGCACUGCAAGGAGUUUUCACCGGCUCUGGUUACCGACCAGCUUCUUGGUUUAGAUGUUGGCAGUGUCCUUGAAGUUACUAACUGCUUCCUUUUCCCAGUCCGCAGGGAGGACAAGGAGAUUGAAGUUGAUGGAGCUAAUUAUCAGCUCGAGAUGAUGCGAUGCCCGAAGGAGGUUAAUGUUGAUAACAACACUGUUGGAUGGUACCAAUCAACGAUUUUGGGUUCAUAUCAGACAGUCGAGCUCAUCGAGACCUUUAUGAAUUAUCAGGAGAAUAUAAGGAGGGGUGUGUGCACUAUCUACGAUCCUUCAAGGUCUAAUCAAGGUGUCCUGGCUCUCAAGGCUUUUAAGCUAUCUGAUUAUUUUAUGGAGCUUUCUCGGGCUAAUAACUUUACCAGACAGAAGGAAUGGAGAAAUAGAAAAGUAAAAAGGGACCCAUGUUUUAGCAUGAUUCAUUUUGUUUUGAGAAAAGCCCAAGUGAAGUUGGGCUUGAGUAAAUUCUUCAAAUGGUCCUUCAACUAUUCUUGGUAA